AUGCCACAAUCCGAAUUCGUCCCGCAGGCAUAUAUGCAACACCCGGAGUCAAAUUCAGCGGAGGCAUCAAUCCAGCUCACAUCACCAGCGAGGGAUGCCGCCGUCGACUUCACCUUUGAGGCUCUCAAGCCAGGCCUCUUCCGGACCACAUUCACCUCGGAGAAAUAUCCACUCCCACCAUUCCCAAGUGCCUCAAAGCCACAGGCCGUUCCAUCAACUUUCAAGACGACAACAUCGGACAAGUCGACGACAUUCACAUCAGACACCCUCACCGCCACAGUAGAAUGGACCUCAACUCCCAUCGCGACAAUCGGAUUCACCGGCCAACCACCUCUGCACACCGACCUACCCUUUCGCUCCUACGCCCUCGAUGGUCAAGGCAUCGCUCACUACUCCCGCUACUUCCGCGGUGACCUCCACGUCGGACUAGGGGAGAAGGCCGCUCCCAUGGAUCUCUCUAAUCGCCACUUCACGCUCUCCGCUACGGACUGUUUCGGCUAUGAUGUCCACCGCACGGAUCCAUUGUACAAGCACAUCCCGCUGCUAAUCCGCGCAACUCCAAAUGGUGUGGUUGCUACAUUCACCACUUCCCAUGCUCGCGGCUAUUACUCCGUCGGAUCGGAGAUGGAUGGUAUGUGGGGUUUCUACAAGGUUUAUCGUCAGGAUCAUGGUGGGCUUGAGCAGUACACCAUUGUUGGCAAAACGCUGCAGGAAGUGGUCAAAUCGUACGCCGAAUUGGUUGGAUUUCCUCUCCUCGUGCCGAGGUGGGCCAUGGGGUAUCUCGGCGGAGGCAUGAAGUACUCCAUGCUGGAUGAGCCUCGUGCGAGUGAGGCGUUGAUGGAGUGGGCGGCGAAAGUGGAGAAGUAUGAGAUUCCGUGCUCCGGGUUUCAGAUGUCGUCGGGCUAUACAGUCGCAGAAACUGAGCCGAAGACGAGGAAUGUCUUCACGUGGAACAAACAUCGAUUUCCUGACCCAAAAGGCUUCUGCGAUGCUUUCCACUCCAAGGGUAUUCGUCUAAUCGCCAACAUCAAGCCGUACAUCCUCGCAAGCCACCCAGAAUACCAAAACCUCGUCAAAGCCGGCGCACUCUUCACAGACCCACACACCGGCCAAUCCGCCGUCGCUCGCCUCUGGUCCGCCGGCGGCGGCGAAAGCGGCGAGGGCGGGCACAUCGACUUCUCCUCCCGCGCCGGCUUCGACUUCUGGGUCCAAGGCGUCAAAGCCCUCCGCCAAACCGGCAUGGACUGCAUGUGGAACGACAACAACGAAUACAUGACUCCCUCCGACGACUGGCAACUCUGGCUCGACGACCCUUCCCUCACCCCCUUCACCUUCACCUCCACCACCCCCCGCAAAGACAUCGGCCUCUGGGGCCGCGCCAUGCACACCGAACUCCACGCCCGAGCCUCCCACGACGCUCUCCUCGCCGUCGCACCCCACGAACGUCCCUUCGUACUCACCCGCAGCGCCACCCCGGGCACGAUGAAGUACGCGUCUAGUUCCUGGUCGGGGGACAACAUCACUUCCUGGCCGGGUCUCCGCGGCGCGAACGCCCUCUCCCUCAACGCGGGCAUGUGUCUCUUACAAUCCUACGGCCACGACAUUGGCGGUUUCGAAGGCCCCCAACCCAGCCCGGAGUUGCUACUCCGAUGGGUUCAGCAGGGUAUUCACAGUCCCCGCUUCGCGAUCAAUUGCUUCAAAACGGGAGACGAUAAUUUAGUCGGCGAUGUCAUCGAGCCGUGGAUGUACCCCGAGAUCUUACCGCAAAUUCGCGCGGCGAUUCAAAGGAGGUAUGAACUCAUUCCAUAUCUUUACUCUGCCCACCUCCUCUCCCACCGUGACGCUCUCCCGCCACAGCGAUGGGUCGGGUGGGGCUAUGAGUCCGAUCCCGAAGUCUGGUCGAAUAAAACCCUCACAGACGGGGAAGAACAGUAUUGGUUGGGUGACACGUUGCUUGUAGGAGGGGUUUUCGAACCGGGAGUUGUGGAGGCGAGGAUUUAUGCUCCUGCUCGUUCCGGAGAGGAUCCUGGAUUCUGGAACACAAAUGCCCCAUUCCAGUUUCUUGAAGCGGGAAAGUGGCAUACCAUCGCCGCGCCUUGGAAAGAAGGUAGCAUACCCGUCCUCGCACGCGUCGGAGGCGCGGUUCCCGUGGGUCUGAAUCGGCAGACUGUUGCGCCGGGUGAUAUGGGAAAUGAAGGAGCUCUCCCGGCUGAUGACUGGAGGGGGUUGGAGAUUUUCCCGCCUAUGGCUGAGCGUUCGGAUGGGAAGAGGAGGUUUGAGAAUGUUUGGUAUGAAGACGAUGGGAUUUCGCCGCCGCCGGUGAAGGUGGCGGAGAUGAAGGUUGUGUAUAUUGCGGAGAGGGAGGUGGUUAGGGUUGGGUUGGAGGCGGGGAUUGGGGAGUUUAGGCCGCUUUGGUCGGAGAGGGGAGUUACGGUUAUUUUGCCGGUGGGAGAUGGUAGGAGGGUUGUUAAGAUGGAUGCGGGGGGAGAGGUGGAGAGGGAGGAGGAUGAUGGGAAGGGGAGGAGACGAUUCAAGAUCUCUUGCGCCUGA